UGAGACUGCAACAACAUGACAUGACGACAGGGCGGGAGGGGAAUUAUUUGCGUUGGCGUUGAUGGCGUCGUCAUAGCUGCGGACUAGGAUCUCCUGUUGAUCUAGGGUUGGCUCAGAAUGCAGAACAGCCAAAUAAGCUGCCGCCAGACCAAAUCGGGGGGUACAGGCUAGGUAACCCACAUAGAUAUCUUCUCUAUAUUACAGUUGAAUACCCAAUACCCAGUAAAAGAUAUCAUCCUCUUAAAACACAUAAGACGAAGUGCUCAUUCCCCUUCUCUUUACCUGAGUUAAGAACAAACAAUCCUGCUAUUUAAAUACCACGUACAAUAUGGUAAAACUCGCCCCAGUCAACCCCCGCAACUACAUGCCCUCGCGGGCACACCCAGAACACCGCUCCCGGCGCAAGGAACUCGAAAAAGAGCACCCGUUCACGUGGAAAGAGCCGCUGGUGCUCGGCAUGAUCGGCAUCGGACUAGCCUGGAACAUCGAGAAGCAAGUCCAGAAGCGCGAAGAGCGGAAGGAGCGCGAGGAACCGCAAGGCCGAGAUAACAAUGAUCAUCAUCGUCGAAGAAGAAGAAGGGAUCAAGACGGCCGUGACGGUUCAUAUGAUCCUUCGAAUCAGGACGGCGAGAGCAUGAGGAGUAAGAGCAGCAGAGACAGCGAGGAUAGGCGGAGAAGCCAGCAUAGGAGCGGCGGCAGCGAUCAUAGCGUAGGGAAGGACACGGUGGACCUCGAGCGCAGUAGAAGAAGCAAUCGUGACCGCGUGCAAUCGGUUGAUAUGAGACGGCACGAGGACCCGAGGUAUAUCAACGAUGACCGGUAUUACGAGCAAUCUCGGUACGAUAGGGGGUACAAUGACGACGACCGGAAAGGAUGGGAUCGAGAGUACCGCGGCAGAAGAAGUCGUCGCGACUCCUGGUAAUAAUUAACGUUGUUAUUCUACGUAUACGACAUGUCCUCAUCGGCGCUUCUACGAAAUACGUUAUACUUCUCUCCUAUAUCAGCAUAGUUUUGCGAGGUCCGUCAAAGCAAAAGGGAUAGCAUACGGUCAACACUAUUAUUGAAAAAAAAAAAAAGGGAAAAGGAAAAGAGUCAAGAAACGCAAGACUCGAGCCCAGCAAUAUUGCGCAUCGCAACAAGAAUAAUACAUUCACACGCAAACCUACCAACAGUCAACCCAGCAAAAGAGAAACUCCUCAUCAAGGCCCAGC